AUGUGUGUUCGAUUUGAAGAAGGUCUGAAUGAUGAAAUUAGAAUGAUGAUAGGUGGUACGAAAAUUCGAGAAUUUGUGGUUCUAUCAAAUCAAGCUCAAAAUAUUGAAGAAGUGUAUAACAGAAAGAUGCAACGAGAAAGAAGAAACAAAAAAUCUUAUAAAAGAAGCUCCUCUAAAUCAUUUUCAACAUUUCUGAUUAAAAAGUUUAAGGAGGAUUCCAUUCGAGCUACAUCGAUACCUAAACGAUCGAAGACUAGAGUAACUCAACCUAAUCGUGGAAUAUCAAUUAGAUCAGUUGCUAGUGAAGCCAGUGUACAAAAUACUCCCAAGUCUAAAUGUCAACACUGUGGAAAAUACCAUUUGGGUGAAUACAGAGAUAAAGAAGAACAGAAGGAAAAACAGAUAGCUACUUCUCAGAAAAGUAAACGUGCGAGUCAAAGCAGUGCUGCAGAAGCUACUCGUUCGAGUGCAAAAGAUUAUGUUGCUCGGUCAGAGGUUAGAGCACCAGCACGGUCUACACAUUCUUUUAUUUGCAUAGUAUUAGCAUUAGAAAAGAAGUUGUCUGUUGAACCAACUGAAUAUGAUGUUCAAGUUACUAAUCCGUUAGGACAAAGGGUGAUAGUAAAUUUAGUGUGUCGAAAUUGUCCACUGAAAAUAAAAGGCUGUGAGUUCCCUGCUGAUUUAAUGUUGCCACCCUUUCGAGAAUUUGAUGUUAUACUAGGAAUAGAUUGGUUGACAAAAUAUGAUGUUGUGGUAAAUUUUCGUGAGAAGCGGAUCAGUUUGAAAUGUCAGACAGGUGAUAUACUUUCUGUUGAGCCUAAGAAUUCAAAUGAUGUUGUUAAAAGUAUUUCAGCUUUUUCAGCUCAGAGGUUAAUGCAGAAGGGUAAUAAGGGUUUACCACCAGAUCGGGAAGUUGAAUUUGUGAUUGAUAUGGUACCGAGGACAGGUCCUAUACCAGUGACACCAUACCGUAUAGCACUAGCUGAGUUAAAAGAGCUAAAGACACAGUUGCAGGAAUUUCUAGGCAAAGGGUUUAUUAGACCGAGUUUGUCACCUUGGGGUGCACCAAAGAAUGUUGAGUGUGUGUGGUCUGACGAAUGCCAGCAAAUUUUUUAUCAGUUGAAGAAGAUGUUGACAAAAGCUCCAGUGCUGACUCAACCAGAAUCAAGCGUGCCAUAUGUUGUAUACAAUGAUGCAUCUUUGAAUGGUUUAGGUUGUGUGUUGAUGUAG